UAAAAGCUCCAACUAAAAUAUUUGCCCUGUUAUGAAAUUUCCUACAGUAUGUGAAUGCAACAACACGGGCUGGUGGGAUGAGCCAAUCAGAAGCCAGGAAACAUCAGCUAAGGCUAUGAGGAGAGAGGUAGAGAGGGGAAAACUGACAACAAGCUUCAUUCUCAGACCAGACAGGUUCCGCUGGCGGAGAGUGGAGCACCACUGCCGAGGAUCUCCACACAUCACGUCUACGACAGUGAAAGAAAGAAAACAAGACAAGUCCAUCUUGAGCAGUCAUGUCGGCCAAAGCCAUCUCAGAGCAGACGGGGAAGGAGUAUCUCUACAAGUAUAUCUGCACAUCGGCGCCAGUCCAGAACAGGUUCUGCUACGCCAACGUGACAACCGAAACGGACAUUCAGCGGCUGGCGCAGCAACACCCAUGGCUGCUCACAGAGAGACUCGUUGUUAAGCCAGACCAGCUGAUUAAGAGGAGAGGGAAGCUCGGUCUGGUUGGCGUCAAUCUGGACCUGAACGGGGUCAAAGAGUGGCUCAAGCCACGCCUUAUGAAAGAGACGAUGGUGGGAAAAGCAAAAGGCAUUCUCAAAAACUUCCUUAUAGAGCCAUUUGUUCCUCAUAAGCAGACAGAGGAGUUCUACGUGUGCAUUUAUGCUGCCCGAGAGGGAGACUACAUCCUCUUUCACCAUGAGGGAGGGGUGGAUGUCGGAGACGUGGACGCCAAGGCACAAAAGCUGCUAAUUGGGGUGGAUGAAAAGAUCAGUGAAGAUCGGGUGAAGAGAGAACUGCUGACUAAGGCUCCCAAUGACAAGAAAGCGAUUCUUGCCAGCUUCAUCGUUGGACUCUUCAAUCUGUAUGAGGAUCUCUUCUUCACAUACCUGGAGAUCAACCCUCUGGUGGUGACAAAAGAUGGCGUGUAUGUGCUGGACUUGGCGGCGAAGAUUGACGCAACUGCUGAUUACAUUUGCAAAUCCAAGUGGGGUGACGUGGAGUUCCCGCCCCCCUUUGGCAGGGAGGCCUACCCCGAGGAAGCCUACAUCGCUGAUCUUGAUGCAAAGAGCGGUGCCAGUCUCAAACUGACUCUGUUGAAUCCUCGAGGCAGAAUCUGGACCAUGGUGGCUGGAGGAGGUGCCUCAGUCGUGUACAGUGAUACAAUUUGUGACCUGGGUGGAGUCGACGAGCUGGCCAAUUAUGGGGAGUAUUCAGGAGCGCCAAGCGAGCAGCAGACUUACGACUACGCAAAGACCAUCCUGUCUCUGAUGACGAGAGAGAAGCAUCCUGAUGGAAAGGUUUUGAUUAUCGGUGGAAGCAUUGCAAACUUCACAAAUGUAGCAGCAACAUUUAAGGGAAUUGUUCGAGCUAUUAAAGACUAUCAGGGGCCACUUAAGGAGCAUGAAGUCACUAUAUUUGUCCGUCGCGGUGGCCCCAACUAUCAAGAGGGCCUCAGAGUGAUGGGAGAAGUUGGAAAAACCACCGGAAUCCCGAUUCAUGUCUUUGGCACAGAAACGCACAUGACUGCCAUUGUUGGCAUGGCUCUGGGUCACCGGCCAAUUCCCAAUCAGCCUCCCGUUGCUGCCCACACCGCCAACUUUCUCCUCAACUCUAGCAGCAGCACAUCGACUCCAACAUCCAGAAGAAAAGACUCUUCAGAAAACAAAGCUAAAGUUGAGGGCUCACCAGCUAAGAAGGUGAAAACUGGAGCUUCUGUUACCAAGGCCUCGACCCUUUUCACCAAACACACCAAAGCUCUGGUGUGGGGUAUGCAGACUAGAGCAGUGCAGGGCAUGCUGGACUUUGACUAUGUUUGCUCCAGAGAAGAGCCAUCUGUUUCUGCCCUGAUCUACCCUUUCACUGGCGACCACAAACAGAAAUUUUAUUGGGGCCAUAAAGAGAUCCUCAUCCCAGUGUAUAAAAACAUGAGCGAUGCCAUGAGGAAGCACCCUGAUGUGGAUGUGCUCAUCAGUUUUGCUUCUUUGCGCUCGGCCUUUGAAAGCACCAUGGAGACCAUGCAGUACCCUCAGAUUCGAACCAUUGCCAUUAUUGCUGAGGGAAUCCCUGAAGCACACACAAGGAAGAUCAUUAAAGCUGCAGAUGAGAAGGGUGUCACCCUCAUUGGACCUGCAACAGUUGGAGGGAUAAAGCCUGGCUGCUUCAAGAUUGGUAACACUGGAGGCAUGCUGGACAAUAUCCUUGCCUCCAAGCUGUACCGUCCAGGCAGUGUGGCUUACGUGUCCCGCUCAGGCGGCAUGUCCAAUGAGCUUAACAACAUCAUCUCCCGCACUACUGAUGGUGUUUUUGAGGGUGUGGCCAUCGGAGGGGACAGAUAUCCAGGCUCUGUGUUUACUGACCAUGUUCUGCGCUACCAAGACACUCCGGGAGUGAAAAUGAUUGUCGUACUUGGAGAGAUUGGCGGGACAGAAGAAUACAAGAUUGGCCAGGCUAUUAAACAGGGCAGAAUUACCAAGCCAGUAGUGAGCUGGUGCAUUGGUACCUGUGCCACCAUGUUCUCCUCAGAGGUACAGUUUGGCCAUGCAGGAGCCUGUGCCAACCAGGCCUCUGAAACAGCUGUAGCCAAGAACAAGGCUCUGAAAGAGGCCGGAGCGUACGUUCCCAAGAGCUUUGAUGAGCUGGGAGAGAUCAUCAAAUCUGUGUAUGAUGACCUUGUUUCCAAAGGAGUAAUCCAGCCAGCUGAAGAGGUGCCUCCUCCCACUGUACCAAUGGAUUACUCCUGGGCACGAGAGCUGGGCCUAAUACGUAAACCAGCUUCCUUCAUGACCAGUAUUUGUGAUGAGAGAGGCCAGGAGCUCCUCUAUGCUGGCAUGCCCAUCACUGAGGUCUUCAAGUCUGAAAUUGGCCUAGGAGGAACUCUGGGUCUUCUUUGGUUCCAGCGGAGGCUCCCAAAGUACGCCUGCCAGUUUAUUGAGAUGUGCCUGAUGGUAACUGCAGAUCAUGGCCCUGCUGUUUCGGGUGCACACAACACUAUUGUCUGUGCCCGGGCUGGCAAAGACUUAAUCUCCAGCCUCACUUCUGGCCUCCUCACCAUUGGAGACAGAUUUGGAGGAGCUCUGGAUGCUGCUGCAAAGCAGUUCAGCCAUGCAUUUGAUAGCGGCAUGUUGCCUAUGGAGUUUGUCAACAAGAUGAAGAAGGACGGAAAGCUGAUCAUGGGCAUCGGACACAGAGUUAAGUCGAUAAACAAUCCUGACAUGAGAGUCCAGAUCUUAAAGGACUUUGUGAAGCAGAACUUUCCGUCCUCACAACUUCUGGACUACGCUUUAGAAGUAGAGAAGAUCACCACUUCUAAACUCCAGUCGCAGAUAGAGUGCUGAACGGGGCCAGCAACAUCUGAAAAUUUCCACCAUUCAUGCAUAACCCGCUGCUGUGAAUGAUGUGUUGUUCUCAUUGGUGUCACUCAUCUAAGCUGCGUGGCAUUAGCUCCCAUAUUGUUGUAUUAAUCGCUGACUUAAAGCCAUGAAAUGUGUAUGCAGGUCAUUCAGGCGGUAUGUUGCAGAUGUACACAUGUUUAUAAGAGUGUUUUUCAGCAGCCAAAAAACUAAGUAUGCUUUAGUAAUUAAUGUUGAUAAAGAUGCUGUUUAUCUAUUUGUAUAGUAUAAAGCUACAUAUGUCUAAAUUGAUACUUGACAUUCCUUUAUUGUAUAUGCCUAUUGUAUAUGCCUGUACUGGCAGGAAUAUGUGACAUCAGUGAUAACAUUAGUAUUGCAUUCCUACUUUCUUAAGAGUCCCAUCAUUCCUUCCUUCCUAACACUGUGACAAUCCCUUCAUGAAAUGUCCAACUUACUAAAAGAGGACUUUACUUCAAACAUUCAACAUUGACUGUGAAUAUAACGUAUAGGUUACCUGGUCUUUUCUUUCUGGAUAGUCCAGAAAGACUUCUCAUUGCAAAAGCUUCUAGAAUGCUCUCCCCUUGUCCUCAACAAUUGUAGUGUGUUUUGGUCAUUUAUGUACAUGUAAUGCUUUAACAGUUCUCAGAGGGGCAGUAUAAUGUCCAGGCUCUAGUAAUAUGUAAGUUGCAACAACAUUUCCCUUAUUUAUGCAGUACAUUCAAAAAAAUGUUUUGCCUCUAUAUUAAGCACCAAAAUCAAUGGCUUAAUCAUUCAUUUCUUUUGCACUUUUUAAAAUUUUCCACUUAUUCUCUUAAUUCAAGCAGAAAAUGUAAAAAAUGUUUAUGCGUAUGAAUGCAAGACUGUCUAUGGAUUGUGUCUGCACAGGGUUCGGUUAUUGAUUUCCUACGAAUGGUUAAGGUUUCUCAUAGACCUGCACUUUUUCAACCUCUUAUUUGUAAAGUCUUAAAGUUGUUGCUGCACCUUGAUUUAGCAUUUUUCAGUUGUGUCAUAUCAGACAAGGUGAUUGUAUUUUGUAGAUACCAGAUUUCAGCAAGUAAGUUUUGAACUCUAAGCAAAGAUGUUACCAUCAGUAUGGUCAGAAUUGUUUCAAACAUUAAAUAUCUCAUAAAAAAUUAUUUCUGUUACUUCAUUUUGACAUAGGUGUACAUUGGAGGUGUCUCCUGUUGCCCACCAAAGAGACGUAAAGAUGUAAUAAAAAGGAUUCAAACCUAAAGACAAAGAAGGGAUUGCUAUGAAUUUGUUGUGACUGACAUUCAGGAGCUGUGCAGUACCAAGGUUAAAGAGCGUAGAAAUGAUAUUCAUUUCCACUUUAUGACCAAUAUAAAGAUCUUAACUGAAAUAAGCUAUGUAUUUGCUUUGCAUGUGAUAGUCUGACAUUGUGUCCUUAUAUUUGGAUGUAAGACGUACUAAUGGCAUCACUUGCAAUUAAAGCUGUUUUUGUAAGAUAAA